AUGAAAACUUUAACACAAUAUCUUAUUGUUUGUACCACUAUCGGUCAAAUUAAAAAUAUCCAAAAAGAGGAGUUUUGUGCCGAUUUGGACUGCUUUGAAGGAGAACCCAAGAGAGUUUGUGGUGUAAGAGAGGAAGGCGAGGGCUACAGAAUUAGAUUAUUCAAAAACAAUUGCCAACUUAAUAAAUAUAACUGCCAAAAUAAAGAACACUUCGAACAAACUGACGAUUAUCUUUGCAAUGAUGUUGAAAUCACUGAAUUCGACGAUGAAAUCGAUGUUCCAGUGAAUUCUACCGGUGAAAAUGUACAAAAACAUCUAUUUAUAAUAGACGGAAGUUUCCUUAAUUUUAAUGGGAAUGUAAAUGAAACGAUAGAUAACUUUUUUGCGGCGACACACGUUUUGGAUUUGCCUGUCAGAGAAAUACCAGGUAACGAUAUGAAUGAGCCCGCUCGGAGGAUGGUUUUAUCCAAGUUUGGACCCCAAAAAGUCUUUAAGCCUUGGAUUCAUAUCCCCAAAAAUAGAAGCGAUGAUCAUUUCCACAAGCCCACCUUAUCUUCGUGUUAUCACAAGUGCCCGACGAAAUGUCCAGACACGUACGCUCCCGUGUGCGGCAUGCCGGGCAACGUUGCGAGGGAGCCCAGCCUCAUGUUCCAGAACCACUGCUUCAUGGACAUCGCGCAGUGCAAGAUGUUCUGGGAAGACAAGAGUUCCACCGCUGAGAGCUCAGCCUACAUCGAAUCCUCGUUCAUGUUCUGCCUCGGAGACGAGAUGAACGGCAUGUUCAGGUUCCUGCCGCUGGUCCGGACCCUGCAGCACAUGGGGCGGCUGAAGAAGAAGGGCCGUUUCCGAUACAAGUUUAACAAUAUGAGGUUCUUCAACAACAUGCUCUCGAGGGAGCCUAGAUUGAUGGGAUAG